UGCACCUGUCCCAACCCGGAUGCUCCGGGCCACACCUGUGGGCGUGUCUCCGUCCUUUCCUCAAUCUUCUCAGCUUCCUGGUGAAGCCGAAAACCCCCGGGGUCUCCUGGUGGUCCCCCAUCCCAAGACCAGACCAGACCCUGCGUAACCUUCUGUGUUCCAGGAAGGCGCUUUGAGAGACCCGUCGGGGAUGGCAUCUCCUCCCGAGGAUCCCCCACCCAAGCCAGCCCCCGCCAAGCCCCUCACGGACCUGGACUUCCAUUCCGGGGUGCAGAUCGCGGAGCUCAACCAACUCAUCCAGGAGUACCAAGCCCGGACCACCGAGGGCAAAGAAGACCCCGAAUUGUUCCAAGCCAAAGAUCUGAUUUUCUCGCUGCUGGGCCAGGUCCAACAAUCCGAUGGAAAAUUGCCCCCGGUCAACCGCUACCUUCUUCUCUCCGGUGGGACCCAGCAGGGCACAGUCCACGUGGAUGGUACCAACCUGUGCCCUCUUUCUCCCGGCGGUGACUACGAUACCAGUUUCACGCUCCUGGUGCCGGUUCUGAAUGUGGCCGGCGUGCCCGUCACGUUGGACUUGACACAGAGUCCCCCUGGACACGCCCGGAUCAGCCUCAAGCCUUUCGAUGCCCGCACCCUGCAACGCUGGUCCGAGUGCAGCUACGGGGACGAGACGUUCCUUUCCGCAGAACUGGUGUCCGAGUGGUUUUUCCGGGCGUUUUCUGUGGCGGCCAAAGAUCUCCGCGUCGAGCUUCGAGGACGCGUCACCUCUGUGAUCGUCUGCGUUGGAUCCUACCGUGUCCUCUAUGACAUCAUCCCUGUAGUGGCCUUUCGAGGGUGGGCUGAGGUGGCCCAGCCGUGGCUGAGCCAGGGACAUUUCUGGGACGGUAAAUUGAGGGACGAAGACGUGACAGCCGGCUUCUAUCUCUUCCCGUCCACUUCCGGCUCGGAUUGGUACCUCGCCUUCUCGGCUAGUGAGCUGCACUUGAGGCGCAUCCUUCCUCCGCCGCUGUUGUGGUCCCUGCGAGCCACCACGGCCGCCCUCCCCUGGGGUGACCUGCAGGGCCUGGGGCCGUACCACCUCUUCACCCUGGUCCUGUGGUCCUGUGAACGGCUACCGAGCCGCUACCUGGCCGAAGAGGAGAACGCAGCGCACGCCCUCCUGGGUAUCCUGGACGAUCUGUCGGCCAGCCUGGCCGAAGGACACCUCCCCAAUUAUUUUCUGCCCCAGUGGAAUCUCCUGCAUGGCUUAUCCCUCUGGACCACGAGGAUCCUGGCGCGGGCCGUGGCCCAGGUGAGGGCCAACCCUUCCAAGUACCUCCGCCAGGCUGUGGAAGGGGCCAAGGAAGCUAAACGGCAGGCCAAGGCGUAUCGGCAUCGGCUGAUGACCCCUACGGACCCCUAGCCGCGGAGCUGCUUCAGCAGGGAUGGAUCCUGAACGAGCUCACCUUGUGUGCUUCGGGUAGAAGCGGACCCGUUCAGGAGGGCUGCCAGGGUGACGGUGCCCGCCUUCAACCCAGGACAGCCCCCCACAACUGGAUCACCUCUGGGAAUAUCCCAGAAUGCAACCUCCAGCUGGCUGGUGGCUGAUAGGCAGGUGGUCCUCGACUUACGACCACAAUUAAGCCCCCCCCCCAAAUUCUGUUGCUAAGUGAGACAAUUUCCGAGAAGGUUUUGCCCCAUUUUACAAUAUUUCUUGCCAAAGUUGUAAAGCGAACCACUGCCGGUUGUUAAGUAAACACGGUUGUUAAGUGAAUCUGGCUUCCCUAUCGAUGUGCUUGUCAGAAGGCCGCCAAAGGUGAUCACGUGACACACACCCCGGGACACCGCGACCGUCAUAAGUACGAGUCAGUUGCCAGGCAUCCGUGUUUUGAUCACGUAACCAGAGGGAUGCUGCGACGGUCGUAAGUGUGAAAAAUGGGUCAUCAAUCAGUUUUUUUCAGUGCCGAUGUAACUUCGAACCGUCACUAAAUGAACGGUUGUAAGUCGAGGACUAGAUGUGAGAGUACUAUCGUCUAUUUCCAAUGCAAAUCCUUUUUUUUAAAAACUAUUUUAAUUAUUUUCAAAACAGAAAAUUAUUUUCUUUCUUAAGUAAAAUAAAUCUUCUCAAGAGAGAAACAUCCCAGCAUAUUGUGUAUCUUGGGAUAAAGGAUAUUUUGUAUUAAUCUUUGUCAAAAUCCAGAAUAAA